GAUGCUCUCACCUGCCGUCCUCGCUGACCUGCUUUAGGCACCACCAUGGGUGUAUUACAGCUUUGCAUUUGGCCUGUUCAUGUACCAGACCUUCGACAACGUCGACGGUACCUUAAGUAGGCCCCCCGCACCGGCACUGUAUCCGGUAAGGACCUGGCCCUGAACCCGACGCGGAACGUGGACUGGCACCCGACCUACCCGCGGCGGCUCACACAGACGCACAACAUUGAUCAUAACACAACGUCGAAGCGUUGUCUACCAUCAUUUGGGGAGAUCUAUGAGGUAGGGACCUGGGUCACCUGGCCCUGAACCCGACGCGGAACAUGGAAUCACACCUACCCGCGGCAGCUCACACCGCUCCCCAUGGCGCCGUUGAAACCGAGGCAUCGAGAGCCCAGAGAGGGUACGGUCGCCUCGACAGCGUCGGUAGUACGUGCACGCAGGCAUUCAACCGCUUUACCACAGCCCGUAAUUAUCGAUUACAAUAUCAUACCAUACAUUCAUACAUAUAGAGGAUUUUCGGAUUUCCUACUCACGUCGAAGGCCAUGGCUCACAACAACAAAGCCUACGAGCCGCAGGAGUUUCAACCUGCGGACCCAGACCCUUAUCGCCUGUACUGGCUCCCGGAGACCAACGGCCACUGGACCCUCUACCCUCGGCGCCAGGUCGAUCGAUUGAAUGCGCGUUGGUACCGCAGCGACGAGGGUGCUUUUUACGCCGUCCGGCUCACCGAUUGAGCCCUCUCCACCAUAUCUCAGGAUGCUUCAGGAGGAGCUUUCCACGAGGGGCGCCGUCGAGACGAACAUGGUUUCCGAACCAUCACGGGACUCUGCGGCGCAGGCAUCGUCGGCUUGCCGGACAUUGGCCCACCGCCGACCGGGAUUGGAUAGAGAAGCGGCGAGUAUGGAUUCGGC